AUACAAUAUUCGUCGCGGCGAGAUGAAUGUCGGACGCAAGACCGAGCAGAGGCUGCUGCUGUCUUACUGCUCCUUCACCUGCAUCUACUUCCCCGGCAUCCUGAUAUUAGCGAAAUUCAACGAUAAUCUGUACAACGUCGGCAAGUACAAGUUCCUGCCGGUGCUGCUGAUACUCGUCUUCGCCGAGGUGAUAAAACUGCUGUUUCCCAUGGUGCAAACGGAGGCGCCCACCAUCGUCAGGAUCGAGCAACGGGCGUCGCCGAAGGCGAAGAAGUCCUGGUCGAGGAGUCUCAGGGAGCUCUUCAAGUUCUCGCUCGCCGCAUUCGCGCUCUCGGUGGUUUACUACAUCGCGAUUAUCCUGUUCGGCGCACCCGUGCUGACCGAUCACGAGGAGACCACCAUGCUCGUGAUCACCCUGCUGACUCUGACCUUGGUACCCACCAGCCUGCACCUGGGCGUGGACAAUGCGUUGGACGUGCUCAUGGGAGCCUAUUCGCAGAAGGGUAACAUCCUCGUGGACGCCCUGAGGAUCAACAUACAAGCGACGAUAUUGGGCACGUGGCUGGGCGCCACUGUGAUCCCCCUCGACUGGGACCGCCCCUGGCAAGUCUGGCCGGUCCCCUGCGUCAUAGGCGCGCUGUUGGGCUACCUGGUCGCACAUUUCAUCACCUUGAUCAGGACCCUUCCCGCGCUCAAACUCCACAGAAAGGUUCACCGAUAAUGCAGCGGACAACCGA